CUCACAUCCAUUAUUCAGUGCAAGCGGGAAUUGAGUACCUCGUCGAAACUUAAUAGCUUCCAUCUUGCUGCACCCCUCCCGUUUCUCGCUCCCAACAACACACCACCCACCAUGUCGAACCGCUUCUUGUUCACAUACGGAGCUCCCUUUGUGGGAUUCUGGCUCCUCGGAGAAUCCCUCUACGAUGUCCGUGGCGGAACCCGCGCCGUCAUCUUCGACCGGUUGUCCGGUGUGCAGGAGAAGGUCGUGAACGAAGGCACACACUUCCUCAUUCCCUGGUUGCAGAAGGCGAUCAUCUACGAUGUCCGCACCAAGCCCCGCCAUAUCUCGACCACCACCGGAAGUAAAGACCUGCAGAUGGUCAGCUUGACCCUGCGAGUCCUGCACCGUCCUGAUGUCCCGAAGCUACCGGUGAUCUACCAGUCAUACGGUACCGAUUACGACGAGCGUGUGCUGCCCUCUAUCGGAAACGAAGUCCUCAAAGCCAUCGUGGCCCAGUUCGAUGCCGCCGAAUUGAUCACCCAGCGCGAGGCCGUCUCCAACCGCAUCCGCACGGACCUGAUGAAGCGGGCAGCCCAGUUCAACAUCGCCCUGGAGGACGUCUCCAUCACCCACAUGACCUUCGGCAAGGAGUUCACGCGCGCCGUCGAGCAGAAGCAGAUCGCGCAGCAGGAUGCCGAACGGGCUCGCUUCAUCGUCGAGCGCGCCGAGCAGGAGCGCCAGGCCAACGUUAUCCGCGCGGAGGGUGAGGCCGAGAGUGCCGAUAUCAUCAGCAAGGCCGUCGCCAAGGCUGGCAGCGGGCUGAUCGAGAUCCGUCGUAUCGAGGCGAGCAAGGAGAUCGCCAACACGCUGGCCAGCAACCCCAACGUGACAUACCUGCCGGGUAACGACGGCAAGGAAGGUGGCAAGAACACAAGCCUUCUGCUGGGUCUGAGGAACUAAACACAGAAGUGGAAACCGAUAUGUAGUUCUGUUUGUCUGCCUAAUUGUUUUAUUUUUCCCUUUUGACCCGGAUGGAUCUCUCGGGCGUGCAUGAUCUCCCUGGCGAAACUGAUGUUGUUUGGUGUCUUCCCCUUCCUCUUCCUGUUUGACAUACACCACCUUUCUUAUCUCUUGUAGCAAUAAAAUACACAUUCUUCUCUCUCCC